AUGCCCUCCAAGCAGAAGUCGCCCGCAUACGUGCUGGGCGUUGGCAUGACCAAGUUCAUCAAGCCCCGGGGCAAGGUCGACUACACGGAGCUCGGCUUCGAGGCUGGCGUCAAGGCAUUGCUGGAUGCCCAAAUUACCUACGACGACGUCGACCAGGGCGUCGCCUGCUACUGCUACGGCGACAGCACCUGCGGCCAGCGCGUCUUCUACCAGUUCGGCAUGACCCAGAUCCCCAUCUACAACGUGAACAACAACUGCUCCACCGGCAGCACCGGCCUGGCCAUGGCCCGCACGCUCGUCUCCAGCGGCGCCGCCGACUGCGUCAUGGUGGUGGGCUUCGAGAAGAUGAUGCCGGGGAGCCUCAAGAGCUUCUGGGACGACAGGGAGAACCCCACGGGCACCACCGGCCUGAUGAUGGCCCAGACCAGGGGCUUCACCAACGCGCCCGGCGCCGCGCAGAUGUUUGGCAACGCGGGCAGGGAGUACAUGGAGAAGUACGGCGCCAAGCCCGAGGACUUUGCUGAGAUCGCCCGCGUCAACCACGAGCACUCGCCCAAGAACCCCUACUCGCAGUUCAGCGACGUCUACACCCUCGAGCAGAUCCUCAAGGCGCCCAUGAUCCACGAGCCCCUCACCAAGCUGCAGUGCUGCCCCACGUCCGACGGGGGCGCCGCCGCCAUCAUCGUCUCCCAGGCCUUCCUCGACGCCCGCCCGCACCUCAAGGAGCAGGCCAUCCAGAUCGCGGGCCAGUGCAUGGCCACCGACGCCCCCAGCCUGUUCUCCCGCAGCGCCAUCGACCUCAUGGGGUUCGAGAUGACCCAGCACGCCGCCAAGGUCGCCACCGCCGAGGCGGGCAUCUCCCCGCGCGACGUCCAGGUCGUCGAGCUGCACGACUGCUUCAGCGCCAACGAGAUGAUCGUCCUCGACGCCCUUGGCCUCUGCGAACCGGGCAAGGCCCACGAGCUCGUCCGCAACGGCGACAUCACCUACGGCGGCAAGUACGUCGUCAACCCUUCGGGAGGGCUCAUCUCCAAGGGCCACCCCCUGGGCGCGACGGGCAUCGCCCAGUGCGCCGAGCUGGUCUGGCACCUCCGCGGCUGGGCCAACAACCGCCUCACGCCCAACACGCGGUACGCCCUCCAGCACAACCUAGGCUUGGGCGGCGCCGUCGUCGUCACCGUGUACAAGCGCGCCGACGGCCAGGUCGCCCCCUCGAUCGACUCCGCCACCGUCGGCCAGAAGACCAAGCUCGGCUACAACCCUGCCGUGGAGGCCAAGGGCUUCACCAAGGCUCAGGCCACGGCCGUCCGCAGCCAGACCAAGGCCAGCGAGUGGGCUCUGCAGGAUACGGAGAAGAAGGUCCAGGCCCGGUUCUAA